GCCAAUUCGCUCCGUAGCGGGGCGAUCAGCACCGGCGUGCCGGGACCCCGCCUGUCCCAAUGGGCUGGGCCGGGCUGGGCUGGCCUGCCCUGCCCUGCCCUGCCUGACCAUGACUUUUGUUAGACUGCUUUGCUUAGCAGGCAGGCAGGCCAGACCGUCGCCUCGUUCGCCUCGCAUGGUGACGCCUCUCUUUUCCCCCCUCUUCUUUCUUGUUCUUCUUGUCGUCGUCACUGCCAUAUUCCCUCGCUCGCCAGCAAUGUCACUCGGUUCCCUCUGCGUCCCAGGAAAAUGAACUGCUCCGGAUCGUCAUAAGUGCACACAGCCGCUAGCCCCGCUCCCCUUCCUCCCUCCCCCCUCCUCCCCCCAUCCCUCAGCCCAAACCCAAACCCAGCGAACCGGCCUCGACACGGCACGGGCGACGCCUUCUCUCCCCUCCGACCCACCGACCGACACACCUACCUACCUACCUAGGCACUCAGCCAUGCCUCAGGCUUCCUCCAUCGCCCCAGCGGCCAUGGCGACCUCUACCGCACACCCAGGAGGAAGAGGAGGCGGCGGCGGCGGCGGCCCCUCUUCGUCAACCUCGUCCCGCCCAGCCCCUGCUCGCCCCGUCCGGCUGACGUCUGCCGGCUCAUUCCACGCCGGCGCCCCGAUGCCCUCCUUCACCGGGCCCUACGACGCCGGCCGCGAUGCAAAGCCCCCCGGGCGCAGGCGCACCUUCCUCGGCCAUCUCAGCCAGAUGCGACGCCACUCCACCUACAAGUACCACACCUUCCCCACCCAGCCGCCAAAGACCCCCAGCGAUGCCCCCGACUCCAGCAACGCCAACUCGCCCUCGGAGGGGGAAGCCGCCCGCAGGAGAAGAGGGCACAGGCACACCACCAGCCGCGACAGCAACAGGGACGCCACCCCCCUCCCCCUCAGGCAACUCCUCCUCCUGGCACUGCUGAGCCUGGCCGAGCAGACCGCCCUCAACUCCAUCGGCCCAUACCUCCCCACCAUGGUCGCUGCCUUCCCCGAGAUACCGCCGGGCCAGGCCGGCUUGUACGUUGGCCUGCUUGCCUCCUCCUUCGCACUGGCUCAGCUCGUGACAAACUUCCUCUGGGGCUAUCUUUCUGAUCGCGUCGGGAGGAAGCCCAUAAUGCUCAUCGGCACCGCCCUCCUGUGCAUCUGCUUCGCCUUCUUCGGCUUCUGCGACACCUACUGGCACGUCCUGGCCGUCCACAUUGCCAUGGGGCUCCUCAACGGGAAUGCCGCCGUCGUGCCCACCGUCCUGGGCGAGGUCACCGACCGGAGCAACCAGAGCAGGGCUUUUACGUGGUUGCCAGUAAUGUAUUCCCUCGGGGGAAUCACAGGUCCGGCUCUGGGGGGCUUGCUCGUCCGAGACCCAGGCUCUGCCAGAUGGCCCUUCCUUGCUCCCAACCUCAUGUCCGCCGCCUUGCUCCUGGCCGCCGUAGUCGUCUUGGCCGUGUGGUUCCAAGAGACCCUUGACGAAGCUGACAGGAGACACGAGAUCAAAGCCCUCGCCUGGCUUGAGAACCUCUGCAUCUGCUCUUGUCUGCGUUCGGGAAACGGACGGCAACGUUUCAGGGGCACCACUUGGCCGACCUCCCCGACCGACGAUGUGCUUCAGGAGGAGGACGAUGGCGCUUACGAUGGGCAAGCUGCCACGGGUGAGCAAGACGCGCUCGUCCACUCGGCGCCAGACCUCGAAGCACAGGCGUCGCCUCGGGAUAACAAAGACAGUCCAGCCUCAGACCGGUCCGGCCUGCGGAAGUUGCUCAACUGGACCACCGUCAGCAUCCUGCUCACCUACCUCAUCUUCCAGGUCGCAAACAUCUCUUUCAACAGUCUCUAUCCCAUCUUCGCCUCCGCACCGGCGCCCACGGGUCGCGAGCUUGGCCCUGGCGUCAUCGGCGUUAGCAUGAGCCUGGCGGGGCUGGUCACCAUCCUGUUCCAGGUCUCCCUGUUUGAGCCCCUCAAGGCCCGUCUGGGCAACCUGGGCACGUUCAGACUGAGCCUCCUGGGGUUGGCUCUCUCCAUGACCUUCAUGCCGUUCGUGGGAUAUCGAGAUGGCAAUGCUCCAUUUGGCUGGGCUUCGGGCAGGUCGUGGUUGCUGGUUGAGCUGGGCGUCAUACUCGUGCUCAAGAACUUGAGUGCCGUGGGCGGGCUGAGCUGUGUUCUACUUCUUAUAACCAACUCUGCCCCUGCGCAUGAAACUCUCGGCUCGCUCAACGGUAUAGCCCAGACCCUGUCAGCAGCAGGCCGAUCGUUUGGGCCAUUCGCAUCUGGGGGCCUAUUUACGUUGUCGAUGCGCUUACAUCACAAAGGCGAGUUGCUCGCCUGGGGCGUGUUCGGCGGCAUCGCCCUCGUCGGAUGGGGCUGGACACUCUUCAUAAGGGCCGGAAGGCUCGAGAGUGAUGAUUACCUAGGCGGUGAUAACACCGACUAUAGUAAUAGCGAUCACCUCAGUGAGAACUCGGAGGGGGAAGCAGGAUAUACCGGUAUUAAUAAUAGGAGAAUCUAAGAGAAUAAUCUUAAUAUAAUAAGAAUAAAAUAAAA